GUCAUACAGAGUAAAAAAAGGGACGAUGGGAAUAUCUGCUUUGUUCUCUUUGUUUCUUUUCCCCCAAGGUUUCCACCUCUAAUAUACCAAAUAUCGUCUGGGCAAACACUUUGCUUGCUUUUUUACCCGCCUCCUCUGGGGAUCGACCAUUGUUUUUGUUGCUUCCUUGCCUUGAUGGGCAUCAUCACUCGGCCCCUCAUCCACCUCAACUGCUCCCCCGGCCGGCUUGGUGCGCUCAGCUUUCGAAGAACCAUGGCAUUACACCCACCACCUAAUGGGGAGAAGCUAAUUUUCGCCCCUUCAUCGACAGCGACCAUGAACAGCCAGGCGGAGCAGUUCCUCAAGCACGAGCGGACGGGCCUGCACCGCUCGGACCUGGACCCCUCGUCGCCGAUCCGGCAGUUCCACGCCUGGUUCAAAUCGGCACUGGGUAGCGACGGCGGUGACUCGGCCGCUGCGGACGCCGCCACCCAGCAGCCGCCAAGGGUUUCCCACCCAGAGACGUGCACCCUGUCGACGGCGUCGCUGCCCUCGGGCCGCGUGUCGGCCCGCGUCGUCUACAUGAAGGAGCUCGACGACAAGGGCUUCGUCAUCUACUCGAAUUUCGGCACCAGUCGCAAGGCCUUUGACCUAUUUGGCGACGGCACGCCCUCCUCGGUCGGGAACCCCUGGGCGUCGCUGACGUUUUGGUGGGAGCCGCUCGAGAGGCAGGUGAGGGUUGAGGGCCGGGCCGAGCGCCUGACGCGCGAAGAGUCGCAGCGCUACUACGAGACGCGCGUGCGCGGCAGCCGCAUCGGUGCCUGGGCGAGCCGGCAGAGCGCCGUGCUCAAGCCCGAAGGAGGAGCGGAGGGUGGCGAGGACGACGGCCGCGCGCAGCUCGACGGUUGGGUGCGCGAGACCGAGGGAAAGUUUGCUGGCGUUGAUGACAUACCCGUCCCAGAUUUCUGGGGAGGGCUGAGGAUCGUACCGCUUAGGGUUGAGUUUUGGCAGGGGAGGGCAAAUAGGCUGCACGACCGCUUCGUCUACGAGAGGGCUGAUGAGAAGGACGCGGCAUGGACUCUGGAGAGGCUUAGUCCAUAAGGCUUGUCUCGUCGUACAGCCAACGAUGUUGUUGUCUCACACUUUUGAAUUCAGAACCCUGUAAUUCUCCAUCUCUUAUGAUGUCACUGCAUAGGCAAGGCAUUCAACCAUGGACAUCCAAAGAGCUCGGACGUGACGUGCG